UUUUCGGCACAGAAAAGACAAAAAACUUAAGGAUUGGUCAGUGUCGUCAUGUCCCACCGGCCUCUGGCGAGUCAGAAAACUGCCUGUGAACUACAAUUUCUGUAAAGAUUCAGACGCGCUACUUACUAGAGUUUAUAUACAAACACAUACAUGUUGUUUACAGUGAACAUAACGCUACGAAGUGCUCAACGCGCGACGCGGACCCGCGUCUACUGUUGAUGACGAGGAUGUCUUAUCCUACGUAGCUUUGAACUCAUGAACUGACAACGCGGGAAACAAUAGCCUGUAGAUGUUACUGUGAACUUUUUGGACAACCAAAUCUAGCCAAACUGAGCGCCAUGGAUUCCUCUGAGGUGGAGUUUCUCGCCGAGAAAGAGAUAGUGAAGAUAAUACCAAAUUUCAGUCUGGACAAGGUCUAUUUGAUCGGGGGAGACCUGGGUCCCUUCAACCCAGGACUACCAGUUGAUGUUCCUUUGUGGCUGGCCCUAAACCUGAAACAGAGACAGAAAUGUAGAAUUGUUCCUCCUGCGUGGAUGGAUGUUGAGAAACUGGAGGAGAUGCGAGACCUUGAGAGGAAAGAGGAUGCCUUCACGCCCGUUCCCAGUCCUUACUACAUGGAGCUGACCAAACUGCUACUGAACCACGCAUCUGACAACAUCCCUAAAGCCGAUGAGAUCCGCACACUGGUCAAAGACAUCUGGGACACGCGUGUUGCCAAACUUCGCCUCUCCGCCGACAGCUUCAUCAGUCAGAUGGAGGCUCAUGCCAAGCUGGACAACCUGACUCUGAUGGAGAUCAACACCAUACGUUCGUUUCUUCUCGACUCUCUGAACUGCAUGUACAAACUACGUUCCAAUCUGCUGCCUGCUUCCAGUAAGGGACAGUUCGCGGACUUUUGAUCCACGAGAUCCAGGCCUGUUGAACAGGAUAAUGACUGGGGUCUUAAACUGAGGUAUGUUCUCACUCGCCCAGGCCUUCAAAAGACUGUUUUCCAUGACAUUGGAUCCAGAAAAUUUACGUUAAUGGCUUAUUGAAGCUAGUUAAGUUUUACACAUAAACAGCAUGUGGACUGUAUAUGUAUCUGCUUUUUGAAAUGUGUGUAUAUUUAACUUAAUUUAGGAUGCUCACUGUAGUAUAAAACUUUCAUUUUUGUGUAUGUCAAUAAGUGACAAAAUAAAUGUAACUGUGUCUCCA